CACCUAUGUCAAGAUCAUAUCGGCAGGAAGUCGACCAACAACUUGUGCUUGACGUGUCAUUGGGAAGGAUGCGGCGUGGUCUGUGCGAAACGAGAUCACAUCACAAGUCACUUGCGAGUUCACACGCCGUUGAAACCUCAUCGAUGUGUCAUCUGCAAGAAAUCCUUCAAACGACCUCAGGAUCUGAAAAAGCACGAAAAGAUUCAU